UCUGAAUAAAUAAACAAACACACGUGUUUCAGGUUCAGAGACAUCAAUGUAGUGAUUCUUACAUUAUGUCUGCAACAAAUCGAUGUUUCACCGCAGAAGCACAAGAAAGAAAAGACGAAGUUGUUUCUAAAUCAGUCAAUACUGUAAAACCAAGAAUGAAAGGAAAGGGAAAUGCCCAAGAUUAUCUAAAAUCCACUAGAUCAGUGAAGGGUUUGAUAAGUUCUGUAUGUAUCAGCACAUCUAAUAAGGUUCUACAGAACCAUUCAGAUACAGUUCUAAAUGGAUUUUAUGUUAUGUGGAAGCAGAAGUUUCUCUGUGAUGUGGUAUUAAAAGUUGAAGACCAAACAUUUUAUGCACAUCGUUCAUUACUCGCUUCGUGCUGCGAUUAUUUCAAUGAUUUAUUCAGCGAUUCUGAUGCCAAUGCAGAUGAAGAAAUAGAGGUGACAUUGAAUGGAAUAAACCCAAACACAAUCGGGUUGGUUAUAGAAUGUAUGUACACUGGAAAAAUUCAGUUAAAUGAAUUGAAUGUAAGAGAAGUCCUCGCUGCAGCUAAGUAUAUGAAAUUCUAUUCUAUAGAGGACGCCUGUAGUGAAUUCCUUGGAGAACACCUUAAUAAAACCAACUGUUUAAGAAUGUUAAAUCUAGCUUUCACAUACAGGCUUAAUGGACUCACAGAAAAAUGUCUAAAAGAAGCUGCAGAACAUUUUUCCCAGCUGGCAUCUGGGAUUGACUUUUUACAGAUGGAAAGUGAGCAUGUAUUGGCAUUGCUUGCUAGAGAUGAAGUUAAUGUGAAAAGAGGUGAACUUGAGAUUUUUGAAGCUGUCUUAGCUUGGAUUAAGUUUGAUAAAACUAGCCGACUGGAUUAUGCUAGUGAGCUGUUCGAAACAGUUCGCCUUCCCUUGUUAAAUCCUUCUGAGAUUGUCGACCAUGUUGAAUCAGUAGAUUACCUGAUGGAAGACUCAAGAUGCCAAGAAUUGGUGAAAGAAGCCUUACAUUACCAUUGCUUACCUGCAAGACAGAGCAUUUUACAGUCCCCAAGAACUCUUCCAAGAUGCACCUCCAAAGUGGAGUGUGUGAUAGCAAUGGGAGGAGCACCGAGAAUGAAAAAUGAUGAAGUGGGGAGAGAUGUUACAUAUUUUGAUCCUACAACAAAGGAAUGGAACUUUCUGACCAGACUUAAUGAGCCAAGACACCAUCAUGCAGUGGCCACACUUGGUGGGUUCCUCUACGUGGCAGGAGGUGAGACAACCAAUGACCAGAGAUCCCCUUUGGCAACAGCCUUCCGUUAUGACCCACGUAAUGACACCUGGUUGAAAAUAGCCAGUAUGAACCACAGCAGAGAAAGCUUUCAGCUUGGUGUCCUGGCUGGUAUGCUCUAUGCUGUAGGUGGCAGGGUUGACCAAGAAGAGUCCCUGUCAGCAGUGGAACGUUAUAAUCCUGCAGUGGACAGGUGGGAUCUUGUGUCCCCAAUCUCCUCUGCAAGACGUAGUGUUGCCAUAGCAGCCCAUGGGGGAAGAUUGUAUGCAGUUGGAGGCUCAGGUGACAAGCGCAUCUGCAGCAAGGUAGAGCGCUAUAACCCUCUGCUUGAUGAAUGGGAACAAAGACGAAUGCUUUCCACACCACGAUUUUUUGCCAACCUUGCAUCCGUCAGAAACAGACUCUAUCUAAUUGGUGGUGCUACUGUUGACCAAUCAGGUUCUGUGACAUGUGCAAAGUCGGUUGAAUGCUACAACCCCCUCAGUGACUCCUGGACUACAGUCGCCAACAUGGAGGUACCCAGAGCAGAGGCCGGGUGUACAGUGCUGGACAACAAAAUCUAUAUCAUAGGAGGGUACUCAUGGGACAGACUGAAGAGACUAGACUCAGUGGAGUCAUAUGAUACCUCCAAGGAUUGCUGGGAUAGCGAGACCUCCAUUGAUAAGCCUUAUACAGGUGUAGGUGUUUGUACCCUGACUCUAUAUAAGAAUGAUGUAUGUAGAUCAGUUAAUGACUUAUCACUGGUGUGAACAAAUAAAUAACAACCAUGGACAUGAUAUAUUUAGCGAGAUAAUAUAUACGUAAGAGCUGUUCUAAUAAAAUAUCACAACAUUAUUAAUGUUGACGUCAUUU